UAUAUCCUAAAACCAUGGAGUCUUCAUCAUCAUGCUCCCUCGUAGAAAAAAUUAAGAGGAAAAUAUUCUCAUCAAACGUUGAUCCUUACACUUAUAUAUGUCCUUCUGCAUAUGAUACUGCAUGGUUAGCAAUGAUACCGGAUUCCCACGAUCCUUCCAAACCCAUGUUCAAAAAUUGUUUGCAUUGGCUGAUCAACAACCAAAAUGAACAAGGGUUCUGGGGAGAUUGUGAUGCCUCUGCCAAACCCUCAUGGGAAACCCUUCCAGCAACCCUUGCUUCCAUGGUUGCCCUCAAAAAGUGGAACACCGGUGCAUUACUCAUACAAAGAGGGCUGUCCUUCAUUGAAGCAAACACUGAGAAGCUGCUCAAGGAUAUCGAAAACUGUUGCCCAUGUUGGUUUAUCAUUGUUUUUCCUGCAAUGGUUCGACUUUCGGAGUGUGCUGGAAUUGAAAUUGUGUUCCCAGAUACAGUGACAGAGACAAUGUCAAGUAUCUUUCUCCAUCAACAGAAGAUCCUUGACAAGGAGGAACUUGUGGGGAAGAAUGGCUUCUCACCAUUGUUAUCGUAUCUUGAAGCUUUGCCACCUUGGUAUAAAGUAAGUGAAGAAGAUAUCUUUAGCAAUCUGAGUGGUGAUGGUUCACUGUUCCAAUCACCCUCUGCUACUGCAAAAGCAUUCAUGCUUACUGGGAAUAUUGACUCUUUGGGGUAUUUAGAAUCUCUAAUUCAGAGAUGCCCUAAUGGAGUUCCACAAACAUAUCCCAUGGAUGAAGACCUUAUAAAGCUCUGCAUGAUUAACCAGUUACAAAGACUAGGGUUGGCUGAGCACUUUGAUAAAGAGAUUGGAGAAAUUUUGGCCAAAAUCUAUAGACAAAUAUAUAGGAAGUACGUGGAGCAAGAAUGGUGGGUAAAACCGACGAAUAUGGCUGAAACUCAGCUUCACAAAGACUCUCUGGCAUUUCAGCUCCUAAGGAUGCAUGGUUACAAUGUAUCAGCCUCAUUGAGCUUUGGUUGGUUUCUAGAUGAUGAAGAAAUUAGAGCAAAUAUUGAAAAGGAAUCGGAACACAUGUCAACCACAAUUCUUUCAAUGUACAGAGCUUCAAAUCUUAUUUUCUGUGGGGAAAAUGAACUCGAAGACGUCAAAUCUUUCACCAGAGAUCUGCUUCACAAAUGCUUGUUAACUAAAAAUGGUGAACCUAACACCAUUUUGUCCCAAUUCCAACAAAUGGUUCAACAUGAAUUAAAUACUCAUUGGCUGGAUGAAACGGAUCAUUUAAAGCAUAGGACGUGGAUAGAAAACUAUGACACCGAUCUUCUAUGGAAAGGAAAAACCUCACAUGUUAGGAUUUCACACUUUCACAACGUAGAUCUUCUAGAACUUGCCGUGCAGAAUUACGAGCUCAAGCAAUCAAUUUUCAGACAUGAAUUAAAAGAGUUGACGAGAUGGGUGAAAGAUAAUGGUGUAACAAAGAUGGGAUUUGGUAGAGAGAAAACAACGUAUUGCUACUAUUCUAUAGCUGCUGCCACUACUUAUCCAAAUCACAGUUACAUAAGAACCCUAGUAGCCAAGAGUGCUAUACUAAUCACAAUUGCAGAUGAUUUCUUUGACAAAGAAGGGUCGCUCAGAGACUUGAAACAUUUCACCAAUGCUAUCAGAAGGUGGGAUUCUAAGGGCUUAAAUGGUCACGGCAAAGUGAUAUUCAAUGCUCUGGAUAAUCUGAUCAGUGAAACUGCCACAAAAUAUCUCGAACAAGGAGGGAUUCAUGAUAUAAAGAGUGGUCUACAAGAUCUAUGGUGUGAAACUUUCCUUUCCUGGCUCGAGGAAGCAAAGUGGAACAAGAAGGGACAGCCACCAACAAUUGAUGACUAUCUGAAGAAUGCCAUGCUGUCUAUUGCCAUACACACCAUGAUUCUUCCAGCUUCAUGUUUUCUGAAUCCCACCUUUGCAGACCACAAUCUCCGACCACCUCAAUAUGAAACCGUCACUAAACUACUAAUGUUUAUAUGUCGUAUAUUAAAUGAUAUACAGUCCUAUAAGAGGGAGACAGAAGAGGGUAAGUGGAACUUUGUUCAGCUCAGUUUGAUGAUGAACCCUAAUCUUAAAAUGGAAGAUUCAAUUGCUGAGGGGAGAGAGAUAAUAGAUGAAAUGACAAAAGAGUUCCUUCAACAUGUUCUUGUUGAUGGUGAAAGUAAUUUACCAAAGCCUUGCAAGCUGCUGCAUUUGACAUGCUUGAAAGUUUUUCACAUGUUCUACAACUCUAGUAAUGCAUUUGACUCUGAUACACAACUGCUUGAGGAUAUUAGCAAUGCUUUCUAUCUUCCUCUUCGGAGAACCACAAAGCCCUCCAACACUCAUCUCUCUCAGCGUUAUUCGGUGCCAAAAAUGAAAGGUUCAACUAUGCAGAAGCUGCGGUUCGGUGGGUCCUUUAAACUCAUCAAUGCUUGUACAAGCUUUGGCCUGCAUCAACCUGCUUUAGGAAAUCCUUAUGGGAUCAUAGCUCUCAGUCCCAAACCCUUAAUACCAUGCCAAUUUAUCUAAGCUCAAAUUAAGAUAAGAAAACCUCAUCUUACAU